GCUGCCGGAGCCUGGACGGCCCUCUCCGCGCCCAGCAGAGGCCGCAGAGCGCACCGCGCCUCCGGCCCUCGGGUCCUCCGAGCCUGCGAAGCCGCUGGGAUCCCCGGCCGGCAUGCACUUCAGCACCGUCACCAGGGACAUGGAAGGUAAGUCUCCCCGCUGUGUCUGGGCAGACGCCUGCCAGAUCCCGGCCCCUGGGGCCCAAGCAAAGAGGGCUGGCGGGAUUGGGGGAGGACGGGAAAGGCAGCACUGGCGGGGUGAGUGCCCAGCUUCCAGCCUGGACUCUGGGGCGCAGAGGAAGGGCGGCAUCCUGCCCGAAUCCUGUGCCCCCUUCGCCUGGGGAUCCCGCUGCAGAGACCCGUGCAGCUGAGCCCAGAGCAGAAGAGGGCGUGGGAGGUCGGAGGGGGACAGGAGAGAGAGACCAGAGGGAGUCAGAGAGCUUGGAGAGGUGGGGGGACAGCAGGGGAGCCCCAGAGAGCCGGGGGACUCGGAGGAGAGAGAGAGCAGGAGGGGACAGCGGGAGGAAAAGAGCUGGAGAAAAAGAAGAGGAAAACAGAACACCCGAAAGGGGAAAGACGGAAAGGAGAUGAAGAGGGCCAGAACCAAAGAGGAGUGCGCGGAGAAGUUAAGAAAGUUGAGUCUUAAGAAAAGAAGAAAGUCAAGGGAAACAGUUCGGUCUUAAAAAAAAAAGUUAAAAGCCACGAAUAAUAGACGCACAGAGAGGAGGGGUACAGGCAGACUGAAAGGAAAGACAGCGCAGAGGGAGCAGCAGAAAAGAGAGGAAGAGGCAGAAAGUAAAACAGAGAUAGAGACGCGAGAGAGACAGUGCAGGGAGGCCGGAGGAUGCGGAGGGGAGACGAAAGCGACGGGAACAAAGCCUUCACGGCCAGCAGCCUGAGCGGCCUGGGAGCGGCGGGGGGCUUCCCGGGCGCCGCGUCGCCCGGCGGCAACGCUUACGGCGCGCGCGAGCCCCCGCCGCCGCGCUACGAGCCGUGCUCCGCCGCCGCGCCGGGCGCCCCGGGCCCGCCGCACGCCUACCCGUUCGCGCCGGCCGCCGGGGCCGCCAGCAGCGCCGCCGAGCCCGAGGGCCCCGGGGUCAGCUGCGUGGCCGCCGCCAAGGCGCCGGUGAAGAAGAAUGCGAAGGUGGCCAGCGUGAGCGUGCAGCUGGAGAUGAAGGCGCUGUGGGACGAGUUCAACCAGCUGGGCACCGAGAUGAUCGUCACCAAGGCCGGCAGGCGCAUGUUCCCCACCUUCCAAGUGAAGCUGUUCGGCAUGGACCCCAUGGCUGACUACAUGCUCCUCAUGGACUUCGUGCCCGUGGACGACAAGCGCUACCGGUAUGCCUUCCACAGCUCGUCCUGGCUGGUGGCUGGGAAGGCAGACCCCGCCACGCCGGGCCGCGUCCACUACCACCCCGACUCGCCGGCCAAGGGGGCCCAGUGGAUGAAGCAGAUUGUCUCCUUCGACAAGCUCAAGCUGACCAACAACCUGCUGGACGACAACGGCCAUAUCAUCCUCAACUCCAUGCACAGAUACCAGCCACGCUUCCACGUGGUGUACGUGGACCCGCGCAAAGACAGCGAGAAGUACGCCGAGGAGAACUUCAAAACCUUCGUGUUUGAGGAGACUCGCUUCACCGCGGUCACUGCCUACCAGAACCACCGGAUCACGCAGCUCAAGAUCGCCAGUAACCCCUUCGCCAAAGGCUUCCGAGACUGCGACCCCGAGGACUGGCCCCGGAACCACCGGCCCGGCGCGCUGCCGCUCAUGAGCGCGUUCGCCCGCUCGCGCAACCCCGUGGCCUCCCCCACGCAGCCCAACGGCGCGGAGAAAGACACGGCCGAGGCCCGGCGAGAAUUCGAGCGCGAAGCGAGCGGCCCGGCGGGGCUUGGGGACCCGGCGCACCCGCCGCAGCUGUUGGCGCGGGUGCUCAGCCCCGCGCUGCCCGGGCCCGGGGUCCCGCUGUCCGGUGCGCCCGGAGGCCGGCCCAGCCCCCCGCACCCCGAGCUGCGCCUGGAGGCGCCCGGCUCGUCGGAGCCGCUGCACCACCACCCCUACAAGUACCCGGCCGCUGCCUACGACCACUACCUCGGGGCCAAGAGCCGGCCGGCGCCCUACCCGCUGCCCGGCCUGCGCGGCCACGGCUUCCACGCGCACCCGCACGCGCACGCGCACCACCACCCGGCCGUGAGCCCCGCCGCGGCCGCCGCCGCCGCCGCCGCCGCUGCCGCCGCCGCCAGCAUGUACUCGUCGGCCGGGGCUGCGCCGCCGGGCUCCUACGACUACUGCCCCAGAUAGUGCGCGCGCCCGCCCGGGGCCCAGGCCACGCGGCCGCCGGGCCGCCCCCCGCCAGCCCCAGGGCGGCCCGAGGACCCCGCUCCCCGGCCCCGGGGCCCCCGGGGCGCGCUGCCAGCGCCGAAGUGCGCGGUGCGC